AUAAGGUCCAUGUUGUCUUUGUCUGAGGCUACAGCAGGUGUGGGAAGGCGUUAGUAGAACUGCAAAGUAGAGCAAAUCGAUGGUGUUUUGUUCUGUGGAAACAUUUUUUAAAUAUCAGAGGACACGUUAUUUGUAUGAAAAACGCAGACAAGGUUUGAGCAAAUAAGACUGAAUUUUAAUUUAUUGUUUAUGAUGCAUAAUAAAGAAGACAGAUGAACACGGAAUAACCGCGACGUUAUACUACGGAAUAACAUUUUGGUAUCCGCGAUUUAUCUAAGAAUAUCCCAGAAUAGUCGUCUUUUCAUUUUUCCCCCUUUUUGGCGUUGAAAACUAAACAGGAAACGUUACUAAAAUUGUUCUGUAAAACUCGUUUUCUUCAGUUCCGUUAGGAUUUAUGGUUGAGCUUAAAAUAACAUUAGCUUACUUUACUCCCAGUUUCUUAGUACUCGAUAAUGUUAAAAUUGAGUUAACAGUGAUAUUAGUCUAAGUUAUCGUUUAUUAUGGGAACAGCACUGUGUGAACGAUGCGCUCAGUUGGUAGAAGACUUAAGUGCAUAUGUGCGAAGACUGUCCAGAGAAAUAGUUGAAAAGAUCAAAGAGUGUAUCCAAGCCAUUGCCCAGUGUUGUUGCAUGAGGAGAAAGGGAAAAGGUACAAUUCCGAGGACGUCUUAUAAGCCCUUGGUUCAGGAGCAUGAAAGGCUGGCGGCCCAGGAACUGGUGCAGCACUUGGGCUCAGGUAGUGAAUCUGUACUGCUUGGGAAUGAUUGUCUUCAAGCACUGAACACGUUGGCAGUGUCUGAGAAUAAUGAGCUACAACAGUCUGCUGCAGUUUACCUCCUACACCUCAGUGAACAUUUGCCAACUGCUUUGCCCUCUGAGUUCUUGGAGCCAUACCCAGCCCUGCUGCGCUCAUGUGAUGUGGAAGUGCAGAGGACAACAUCUCUGUCUUUGGUCAACUUGCUGGUGGACCACAAUGUUAACAAAGAACUGAUAGUAGAGAUGGGGACGAUGGAGCCAAUUCUUGACUUGCUGGAGUCUGGAGAUUUGACUGUCCAGUGCAACUCCUGCGCAUGUGUGGCUAUGCUGGCAACCUCAGAUGCCAACAGGGAAGCCAUCAUGUCAGGCGAUGGGGUGCUGCGGAUCCUGGUUCUGGCCAAGUCCUAUGACCCCAGAAUCCAACGGAAUGCUGUCGGAGCCCUUCUGAACCUCACCAGGUCUGAGAGAGUGGUGGGAGCUUUGUGUCAAGAGGGAGUUCUUCCUGUCCUUGCACUUUUACUGCAGUCAGCAGACGUGGAGGUCCAGUUCUACAGCUGCUCCGCCCUGAGAAACGUGGCUGCCGUGCAGGAGCAUCACUCGAGCAUGCUGGGAAUUGGGGACCGCUUUCUCUUGAAGUCUCUGCUCUCCCUCCUGUCCUCUCCAGUGGAGAAGAAUUCCUGCCAGGCCUGUCUGUGUCUCAGGAACUUUUCUGAGAAUGUUCAAACACAGGAGGAACUGAUGGCUCUAGGCUGUGUCCCCCCACUGACCACCAUGCUGCGCUCUCCUGCUGUGGGGAAAUCCGAGUCGGCCAUCACCCUGCUCUCAGCACUGUCACAGCACCCCCCAAACAGGGACGGGCUGGUGGAGGAGGGCCUUGUGCAGGCUGUAGAUGAGCUGCUCCUCCUUCACAGUUCCAGAACAACCGUCCUCAGCCUUGGGGCUGUUACCGUAGCCAACCUGAGCACCACUCCCACUGGCCAACAGGCUGUGAUGGACAGCCACUGUGUGUCCAGGCUGUUGACGGCUCUGGACCCUACAAGCGCCACAGAAGGAGCCCGGAUUUGCAUAGCAUCCUGUCUACACCACCUGACCUGUCUGGAGUUGCUAAAGCCACACAUUGCAGAAAAAAUGACCGCCGAACAUAUCUCACAUUUGGUGAGGUAUGCCAGCCAGGAGGAAAUUCCAGAGCUGUCCUUCCAUGCUGCCUGCAUCAUGGGCGAACUGGGAAUGAAUGUCGCUCCCCUGCUGAGGCCCCACUGUGACGCUGUCCUGGGAUAUCUGCUGCAGUUCCUCAAGAGCCCGGAAGUGAGGUUCCAGCAGCUCGCCAUUGCCACUCUGAGCACUCUGAAGAAUGACGAGUGUUUUGCGGCUGCUGUGUCUGGGAGCGCAGUGCAGGAACAGCUGUGUCGGGUGCGGGCACAGACGGAGAAGACAAGCAAGCUGCUCAGUAUGGUCUCACCCACUUCCCCCAGCACAGACUAACCCCCUUCAGCCCAGAGCCUGGACUGACCAGCAGUCGGAAAGGCCUAGCCCCACCCUCUUCUAAGGCCGGAAGCGAGUCGCCAUUGGGUGAACUCCACUCCAUGGGAAGAGGACUAGCCUACUAUUGGACACGCUUGAAUUCUGUCAGCACAUAAGCAUUACUGUGUUUUACUGUUUGAAAGUUUGUUUGUUUUUUUCGGAAAAUUAAUUUGGGACUAAACUGAUUCAUGUGUUUUAGAGAGAAAUUGUGCUAUUUGUUUGUGUGUAACAAAAAUAAACAUUUUAAUCCAUCUUUA